AUGUCAAGCUUUACUUUGUAUGAAGACUAUACUCCACCAUCAUGGUCAAUGAGACCUAAACUACCAUUUUAUUUGGAAGUAUUGAAGAAUGGAGUGUUGAUACAAGAGAAGAAAAUUGAUAAUGUAUUUAGAUGAUUAAGAAUAAUAGAAAGCAAUGUAUUUGAUAGGAAAGAAUGAUAAAAUCUGCGAUAUAGUAUUGGAUAAUCCAACAAUAAGUAGAAAGCAUGCAGUAUUACAAUCAAAGAAUACAAAUGAAUUUUAUAUAUAUGAUUUGGGUAGCACUCAUGGAACAUUUGUAAAUAAUGUAAGGAUUCCUACAAAAUUGUUUCAUAAAUUAAAACCAUAUGAUUAAUUGAAAUUUGGAUAGAGUAUUAGGAUGUACAUUUUGAGAUGUGAAGAAUUAGAAAAAGAGGUAAGAAUUGAGUGAUUAGAUAGGAUUAAAGUAUUUAAGAAUAAGAAUUAUAAAAGAGAUAGGACAAAAAGAAAGCAAAAUAAGAAUUUAGGACAUGGAAAGAGAAUUAUAUGAAUUUAUUAUAUUAGAAUCCAUUGUAUAGACAUAUGAAACCUAGAGUAUAUUAUUAAUAUUAAUGAAAAUUAGAAAAAGGAAGAAUCAGAGAUAGAAGGAAUAGAUUGGGGAAUAGAUGAUGAAUAAGAAGUUUAUAGAUAUCAUUAGGAACAAGAAUAUCCUUUGGAGCCAGAAUUAUUACUUUAAUUACCAGGAUUAACAGAAUAAAUUAUAGACAAGAUUAAUAAAUAUAGUGAAAAGUUAUCUACAUAUCGUUAAUAAUAAGAAGAGCUAGACAAUUUAAUUGUUAAAGAGAGAAAGAAUUUUGGAUUGGAUGAAUAAUCAGGUAGGAAUAAAUGUGAUUUGGAAACUAAAGUUUAAGAAUUAGGAUCAGAAUUAGAAAGUUUAGAAAUUGGAUUGAAAUUUGUUUUAUUUGGGGAUAGAGUCUAAAAGAUUAAUAAAUUUGAAUAAUAAGCAUAAGUGAGUUCAGAAGAAGAGGAUGAAUUCUAUGAUAACACUUUAAACAAAAAAUAAUAGACAUAAGAAAUUUAAUAAGUAAAUAAAGAAAUUAAAGUAGAAAGAACUACUGAAUCAUAUUUAUAACUUAAAAAAAGGUUAGAAUAAUUAAUUGAAGAAAGAGAUUACUUAAAUAAUGAAUUAUUAAAUAUUUAAAGAAAUGAAGAAAAGGAAAUUGAUGAUCAAGAUGAAUUAGAUAAUUAUAUGAAAUAAACAGCUAUCACUCUAGCAUAAUAAGAAAGACCUAAAUUAUUAGAUUAAUUGAAAUCUGUUAUAGAUAGAAUAACAUAAGUUUCAGAAUAAUUAAAAUUUGUUAAGCCAGAUAUCAAAUUAUCAUUUUUUAAUGAUGAUGAAGAAGGAGAUGAUCAUCCUCCUGAAAAUUAGAUUAAUACCAUCCCUUCUCAUCAAAAUACAUAACCUAUCAAAACUAAUGAAACCUCAACUAUUUAAUAAUUGAAAAAAUUAAAAGAGUAAGCUUAAAAAGAACAGGAAGAAGAAGAAGAAGAUGAAGAAAUGAUCUUAGAAAAAGCUAGAAAAUAUUUUGAAAAAGAAGCAUUAAAAGAAAGUUAGAAAGAAAAAUAAAAGCUUAAAUAACUUAAAGAAUAACAAAAAGUCUAAGAAAUUUUGCAAUAGUAUGAUUAAGAUUAAUAGGAAUUGAUUUAAUAAAAAUAGAAAAUGGCUCCAAAACCUAAACCACAUUCCAGAAACUAUAGAGAAUCAGAAGUAGAGAAGGAUGAUUAUGUUGAUAUCACCAAAUUUUAAUGA